UGCCGUCGGUCUUUGUUAGUUUUGGUUGUCGGGAACACUGGUUGUCAUCAUCAUCACAGUCCCCAGGGCCAUGUAACCACCCGUCCCUUCAGUUCUGGAUCCCUCUCACCUGGUGAACUGAAACACCUGCCUCCUCCCUCUCUGAGCGGGUUCUUUGAGCAUCGCAGGUUCUAGGACUCGGCCGGACUCUGGUUUCAGCCAUGCUGCGUUGCGUUCUUCAGCGGGCCAACAACCUGAGACACUCUGACCCCCUGGCUAGCGUCACCUUCAGAGGGUCUAAGAAGAAGACGAAGGUCAUCAAGAACAACCCUAAUCCUGUUUGGAACGAGGGUUUUGAAUGGGAUCUGAAGGGGAUUCCUCUGGACUCCGGAGCAGAGCUGCAUUGUGUCGUCAAAGACCAUGAGAAGAUGGGGAGAAACAGGUUUCUGGGGGAAAGCCGGCUGGCUCUCAGAGACGUGCUCAACUCUCCAAACCUGGCCGCCUCCUUCACCAUCUCCCUGCUGGACACCAAGAGGAACAACACAGGGGCCACGCUGACCCUGCAGGUUUCCUACAUCCCCCCUCCAGGAUUGGCUCCAAUCUUCCAGCCUCCUCACCAGCCUGAGGCCCUGCCCCAUAACAACCCCACCGUGGAGCUGGACACCGUCACAAUGAUCUCUCUGGACACUUUGGGCGAGGAGGAUACAGAGAGUAUGAUGAUGCUGGAGCCCACAGAAGACCAGGGCCCCGAUGACGGACGCUCCAUGGUCAUCAUCGGACCUCAGGGGCCCACGGGCCAGGAGUCCCCCACCGCCCAGGCACCUAAACGCUCGCCACCGUCCUACAACACCCAUGGAGGACUGAGGAAGAGGAGGAGAGGAGCCAGCAAUCAGCACAAACCGCUGCCCAAUAAACCACAGGACAUACAGGUCCGUGUGCGGGUCAUCGAGGGCCGACAGUUGCCGGGCAUCAACAUCAAGCCUGUUGUCAAGGUAUCGGUAGCUGGGCAGACCAAGAGGACCCGCAUCAGAAAGGGCAACAACCCGUUCUUCGAUGAGACCUUCUUCCUGAACUUCUUUGAGACUCCAUCAGACUUGUUUGAUGAACCCAUUUUCAUCACUGUGUGCGACUCCCGUUCACUCAGAACUGAUGCUGUGAUCGGUGAAUUCAAGUUGGAUGUGGGGACCGUCUAUAACGAGCACAGACACUGCUUCUUGAGGAAGUGGCUGCUGCUGUGUGACCCCGACGACCUCUCUGCUGGGGUCAAAGGUUACCUGAAGGUCAGCCUGCUGGUCCUGGCAGCUGGAGACGAGCCACCGGCUGACAGACGCGAGUGUGUGGAGGAUAAAGAAGAUAUCGAAGGAAACCUGCUGAGACCGGCUGGUCUGUCUCUGAGAGGAGCCACUUUCACCCUGAGGAUCUUCAGAGCUGAAGACCUGCCACAAAUGGAUGAUGCCUUCAUGGAUGGGAUGAGGCAGAUUCUUGGGUUUGACAGCAACAGGAAGAACCUGGUGGAUCCCCUGGUGGAGAUCCACUUUGCUGGCAAAACUGUCUGCACUAAGAUUCUGGAGAAAAACGCCAAUCCGCAAUGGAACCAGAGUCUGAGCAUGCCCAUCAGGUUUCCCUCCAUGUGUGAGAAGAUGAGGAUCAGAAUUAUGGACUGGGACAGAGCCAGUCACAAUGAUGUCAUCGGCACCUCCCACCUCUGUAUGUCUAAGAUCUCCGCCCCCGGUGGAGAGAUAGAUGUUGACGACAGUCUUGGUUUCCUGCCAACGUUCGGCCCAUGCUUUGUCAACCUGUACGGCAGCCCCAGAGAGUUCACCGCCUUCAACGAUCCGCACGAAGUGCUAAACCUCGGAAAAGGGGAGGGCGUGGCAUACAGAGGCCGAGUUUUACUGGAAGUUACCACAAAACUGAUGGACAAGCCGGAGCAGAAAACCGAAGACAUACCGUCAGAUGACCUGCUGGUGGUGGAGAAGUUUCUCAGGAAGAGGAAGUUCUCCCUCUUCGUCGCGUUCUACUCGGCCACGCUCCUCCAGGACGUCGACGACGCCAUCCAGUUCGAGGUCAGCAUCGGUAACUAUGGCAACAAGUUUGACUACACCUGCCUCCCUCUGGCCUCCACCACCCAGUUCAGCAGGGCCGUGUUUGACGGCUGCCACUACUACUACCUCCCGUGGGGAAACGUAAAGCCCGUGGUGGUUCUGUCUUCAGAGUGGGAAGAUAUCAAACCGAGGAUUGAUGCUCUCAACAUGCUGCUGGCUGUCAUAGAGAGACUGGAGGAGGCCCUGCAGCGGGUGCAGCUGGAGGUGAAGGCAGGCAGUGAUCUGGAGGAGGUGGAGCUCCGAGUGGUCGAGCUGUUGGAUCAGGUCAUCACUGACUGCAGUGAAGAGCUGCCCUCUCUCGACCACUGGCAGUGUGCGACCCCUUUGGACCGCUCACUGAGGCACAUUCGCGUCCUCCACCUGCAGCAGAUCGUUGCGGCGGCGCUCGCUCUCAAACACGGACCCGCCACCGAGCUGUCCACAGUGCUGGAGCAGGCUGAGGACUGGGCCAGCAGGCUCAGGGCCUUGGUUGAGGAGCCUCAGAACAGUCUUCCAGACAUUGUGAUAUGGAUGCUGCAGGGCGACCGCAGGGUGGCGUACCACCGCAUCCCAGCACACACUGUGAUCUUCUCCCAGCAGCACUGUGGGAAACACUGCGGACAGCUGCAGACCGUCUUCCUCAAGUACCCACAGGGCAGUGGUGGAGAAGCCAAGCUUCCUGGUCAGCUUAGGGUCAAAGUCUGGUUUGGAUUGGCUGCUGACGUCAAACACUUCAACCAACACGCUGAAGGAAAACUGUCCGUCUUUGCAGAGACGUAUGAGAACCAGACCCGACUCGCUCUGGUGGGCAGCUGGGGAACUACAGGUUUAACCUACCCCAAGUUCAGCGACGUCACUGGAAGAGUGAAACUGCCCAAAGAGAGCUUCAAGCCCUCACCUGGCUGGACCUGGGCUGGCGACUGGUACAUCAGCCCUGAGAAGACACUGCUGUAUGACGUGGACGCCGGUCACAUGACCUUCACAGAGGAAGUGUUUGAAAACCAGAUGAGGUUGCCGGGCGGACAGUGGAUCGGCAUGCCGGAGGGCUACACUGACGUGAACGGGGAGAAGGCGGUGCCGAAGGACGAGGUGGAGUGUCCUCCAGGUUGGACGUGGGAGGAGGUGGAGUGGAGCGAAGAUCUCAACAGGGCUGUGGAUGAUCAAGGCUGGGAGUACGGCAUCACCAUCCCUCCAGACCGCCGCCCCAAGUCGUGGGUGCCGGCAGAGAAGAUGUACCACACGAACCGAAGGAGACGAUGGAUCCGAAUGAGACGACGGGACCAGCAGAAGAUGGAAGCUCUCAGAAAGCAGCGUCCGGACGAGACGGAGAGGGAGGGCUGGGAGUACGCCUCGCUGUUCGGCUGGAGGUUCCACUUGAAGCCGAGAAAGACGGACAGCUUCAGGAGGCGCAGGUGGAGGUGUCGCAUGGAGCCGCUGGAGAAGACGGGACCGGCCGCCAUCUUUGCUCUGGAGUGUUCUCUGAGUAGCAUAGAGGACAAGAACGAUGACAAGUCAGUCACAACAACGUUUGGAGUCAACAGACCGACCAUUUCCUGUUUCUUUGACCGUGGCACCCGCUACCACCUGCGCUGCUACCUGUACCAAGCCAGAGACCUGCCGGCCAUGGACAAAGACAGCUUCUCAGACCCCUACGCCAUUGUGUCGUUCCUCCAUCAGUCCCAGAAAACAGUGACGGUGCGAAACACUCUCAAUCCCACCUGGGACCAGACGCUCAUCUUCUAUGAGGUGGAGAUUUUUGGCGACCCCGAGGUCACGAUGGCCACUCCGCCCAACGUCGUGGUGGAGCUUUACGAUUCGGACACAUACGGUGCAGAUGAGUUCAUGGGCCGCUGUGUGUGCCAGCCCUCCCUGACUGCCUCCCCUCGUCUGGCCUGGUUCCCCAUUCGCCACGGGGACAAGAACGCCGGCGAGCUGCUGGCCGCCUUCGAGCUCAUACGCAGAGAAAAGCCAGCAGUUCACCAUAUUCCAGGCCAGGAGGGAGACAUCGUGACCUCCACCCACGUUCUAGAUGAGUUGAUGUUUCCAGGAUUCCUUGUUGAAAACCUGCAGCAAUGGCCGGAGGAGUCGGACCUUCCAUACCCGCCCCCUCAGAGAGAGCCCAACGUCUUUGUGGUUCCUCAGGGAAUCAAACCUGUUCUGCAGAGAACCGCUAUCGAGAUCUUAGCGUGGGGGGUUCGUAACCUGAAAAGUUUCCAGCUGGCCAGCGUCACCUCCCCGAGCCUGCAGGUGGAGUGUGGAGGCACCGUGGUCCAGAGCUGCGUCAUCCGCAGCGUGAAGAAGAAGCCCAACUUUGACAUCAAUAAGCUCAUUCUUGACGUGAGACUCCCCCGCGAGGAGCUCUACAUGCCGCCCAUCGUCAUCAAAGUCAUCGACAACCGUCAGUUCGGGAGGAAGCCGGUGGUUGGUCAGUGCACCAUCCGGUCGCUGGAGGAGUAUCGGUGCCUCCCGGAGGAGCAGCGACCGGCGGAGGAGGAGGAGGAGGACGGAUGGAGACGUGCGACGCCACACUUGAUUUGUGAGGAGGUGUUUAUUGACAUCGAUGACGAGGAGCCGCUGAUGCCUGACCAGCUUGCGGAUGGAGCCAGUUCAGUUAUCAUUAACCUUUCAACCUCUACUUCCAGCCUUCAUGAAGAGGAGUUCAUGGACUGGUGGAGUAAAUUCUACGCCUCCACAGGAGAGAAGAACAAGUACGGGACGUACCUGGAGAGAGGUUUCGACACACUGAAGGUGUACGACCGCGAGUUAGAGAAGGUGGACGGUUUUGAGGGUCUCUCAGAUUUCUGUCAGACUUUCAAGCUUUACAGAGGGAAGACUCAGGAUGAUGCAGAAGAUCCCUCAGUUGUGGGAGAGUUCAAGGGUAUGUUUAAGAUCUACCCGCUGCCGGACGACCCCUCCACCCCCGCACCCCCCAGGCAGUUCAGAAAGCUCCCUCCCAACGGCAUCGAGGAGUGUUUGGUCCGAGUCUACGUCAUCCAGGCUCAGGGACUGCAGCCCAAAGACACCAACGGGAAGUGUGACCCCUACGUGAAGAUCACUUUGGGGAAAAAGACCGUUAACGACCAUGAAAACUACAUCCCCUGCACACUGGACCCUGUCUUUGGGAAGAUGUUCGAGCUCACCUGUUCCCUGCCUCUGGAGAAGGACCUUCGGGUGAUGGUGUACGACCACGACAUGCUGAGCAAAGACGAGAAGAUCGGAGAGACCGUGAUCGACCUGGAGAAUCGCUUCCUGUCCAAAUACGGAGCCACCUGUGGCCUGCCACAGUCCUACUGUGUCUCAGGGGUGAACCAGUGGCGAGACCAGCUGACACCCAGGCAGCUGCUGCACAGAGUGUGUGAGCGGCGAAACCUGCCAAAGCCGGUCUACCAAGACGACGUAGUCCACUUCAGAGGAGACCAGUACUCUGCUGCAGACCUCGAGGACAGAAAUACGUCCAAACGUCACCUUGGCCCACUUAAGGAGCGACUGUCUCUCCACAUCUUGAGGAAACUGGGUCUUGUUCCUGAGCAUGUGGAGACCAGACGGCUUUACAGCCCACUGCAGCCUGACAUCGAGCAGGGGCGUCUGAUGAUGUGGGUGGAUCUCUUCCCCAAGUCCCUGGGACCCCCUGGACCCCCGUUCAAUGUCACACCGCGAAAGGCUAAGAAGUUCUUCCUGCGCUGCAUCAUCUGGAACACCAGUGAUGUCAUCCUGGACGACGUCAGCAUCAGCGGCGAGAAAAUGAGCGACAUCUACGUGAAAGGCUGGCUCGACGGACACGAACACAACAAGCAGAAGACCGACGUCCAUUACCGCUCUCUGGGCGGCGAGGGCAACUUCAACUACAGAUUCCUGUUUCCUUUCCACUAUCUACCGGCCGAGCAGCUGUGUGUGGUCGACAGGAAGGAGCAUUUCUGGAGUCUGGAUAAAGCUGAGACUAAACUGGCUCCUAAACUGACCGUCCAGGUGUGGGACAACGACAAGUUCUCCUUCGACGACUACCUCGGUCACCUGGUGAUGGACCUGAACCACAUGCUGCGUCCGGCCAAGUCUCCAGAGAAAUGCAACCUGCAGCUUCUGGAGCAGCCGGCGGACAGGCUGGUGUCUCUGUUCGAGCAGAAGACCGUGAAAGGAUGGUGGCCCUGCACCUGCGAGCAGAACGGACAGAAGAUCAUCGCGGGUAAGGUGGAGAUGUCCCUGGAGAUCGUCUCGGAGCAGGAGCACGAGGAGAGGCCGGCUGGCCUCGGCAGAGACGAACCCAACAUGAACCCCCACCUGGAGGAGCCACAGCGUCCGGAGACCUCCUUCCUGUGGUUCUCCUCCCCCUAUAAGACCCUCAGGUUCAUCCUGUGGAGGCGCUUCAAGUGGUUCAUCAUCCUCUUCAUCAUCCUAUUCUUCAUCCUCCUCUUCCUCGGCGUCUUCCUCUACUCCUUCCCGAACUACGCCGCCAUGAAGAUGGUGGCGCCCUUUGGACCGGCCAAGGCGGCGGAGUGACGGACGAGAGGGCGACGGAGGAAAAGAAAAGGACGACAGGACGGAGGACCAAGUUUCUCCGGGUGAAAUGAGGCCGAACAGAUUUUUCGUGUUGUUUUUCUUCUUCUCUCGAGUCUUGAAAACUCGUCUCGCUGAAGUUGUUGAGCGCGAGCGAGAGCUGCAGCGGUGAACUUGUGAACUUCUUCUGACGCCGUGUGUUCCAGAUAAGUUUACACUGUUUUGUACAGACAGACCUGAUUAGCAAUAGUGCCCGAGGUUCAUGAACGCCUCCCACGUGUGUGUGUGUGUGUGUUUGCGUGUCCAUUUGUGCCUUUAGAUUUCUCUCCAUUCAUCAGAAACGCUGCAUCACGGCGGCGGACGCAUUUCCAAGCUUGUGAUCAGAUCUCAGCAUGACGUCUCCCGCGUCCUCGCCGUCCCUCCGUCACCUCCUUCAUCUCCCGCUCCGUCUCGUCUGCUCUCACGCAGAGAAGAAGGAGAAUAAAAGCCCCUCGGCAAACGCCGCCAUGUUCAAACAGCGGAAACGGAAUGAAAGAUUGCGCCGCCUGAUCUUCGCGCCGCCUGCUGUUUCUGUUUCUGCGAUGAGGUCGGGCAGCGGUCACCGAGCGGCUUCAAACUGUCAAACUUUAUCGCUCUGAAAAUUCAAUCAUCGUGAAGAAGAAGCUUAAAGUAGGAUGAGGAUUUUAUUCUCUUUCAGUCGUCCUGGAACGUCACACGCUGCCUUCAAGUGCAAUCAGAAAUUUUGGGUUGGGUGUAUUCAGCAUAUAUGUAAUCAGCAUUACUCCUCCUCCUCUUCCUCACUUCCUCCUUUUCCCUCACCUCUCCUGAACUUUAUCUUGCUUAAAAUUAUUCAUCGUCAUCCUCCCUCCUCUUCCCUCGGCUCUUUGCCUCCUCCUGCAUGGCUUCUUCCUUCUCAUCCUCAUCCCAUCUCCUCAUUUCUUCCCUGCUUCUUGUUUCUCCUCGUUUCCUCCUUCUCCUUUUCUCCUGUCUUCUUCCUCACCUGCCCUGUCAUCCUCCUUCUCCUUUUCCUCCUUUCCCUCCUAUUUUCCUUCCUUCUUUCACCUGUAUGCUUCCUCCUCCUUCCACCUCAUUGUGUUCAUCAUCUUCUAUCUCCUCCUUUCAUCAUCCUCACCCCUCUCCUCCUCUUCAUUUCCUCAUUUCCUUCCUUUCCAUUGCAUCUCCUUUAACUUCCCUGUCUUUCUUAAAAGUGUUUUCCUCCUCCUCCUUUUCCUCCCUUUCCUUCUUUUCCUACUUUCCUCCGUCUCCUCCAUCUUUAAUUCCUCCUGCUUCUCCUUUAACAUGUCUUUCUCCUCCUGCAUCAAAUUGUGUCACC